ACUGCCGAGAUUUGGACCGGAGUCCCAACUGUCCAUCCAGGAGGCAGAGGACAGAUCUAUCUGGUAGUCUGUCUCCCUGCCAGUUGGCAGGUCCUAGAGAGAGUCCAGGGCUCAGUCUGGUCUUACCACUUGCUCAGUCUCUCACAAACUCACUUGCUGUGCGAGGGAAUGAGGGCACCAUUAAUAUGGAGGCUAGGAAGACUGUACAAAAGCAAUGGCAAGUUCUUUGGAGGACCGGCCUCUUUAGGGGGGCUUUGGCCUUCACUAGCACCUGGUCCCCUAUGGAGGGUGCAGGAGGACUGGACUGGUUCUAGACCCUCUUACACCAUGUCUAUAGAUGCUCUGGACUGUGAAGGAACUCAGAAAACAUGCCACUGGUGGAGAAAAGUCAGGAAGGCUCUUGCCUCAGGCAACAUGACAGAAAAGAGAGGCAAAACCGCAUCCAGACUGGAAAAAAAAAACACCUAGGCAGGUUCCUCAACCUAGGCCCAUCCACAGUUAUAGGCCCACCCUGAGCACUCUACAGGGUGCUCACCCCUCCAUUCUUGUGACUUUUCUCCACUCCUCAGAUAGCCCUGCUUAAGCCAGGAGAAAGAGACCUGUUUUCACCUCUCACUCUAUCUGGUGCCCAGGAUACUAAAACCAUCAAGUCUUCCAGAUAAUUUUAAUUAAUGUCUUCCUAGAUAUUCUCAUCUCGCUGCUGGUGGCAAAUCUGCCGGUGUGAAAUCUGGCGUUGUCACCAGUUCCUGGCUCCUGCUGAGAGCCAUCUACCUACUCCAUAUUUUCUCCAUCUCUCUUAGACCCUCUCUGGUAAACUGUCUGCAACCCUCCGGGGCCCCUUCAAUCCAUUUUCUUCCCCAGGGCACAAAUCUGCUGCUGGGCCGACUUGUUGCCCCUAUCCAUCUCUAGUGUACUCCUUUGGGAGGAUAAAUUUCAGGGUCAGGAGCAGACCAACUUUGGCUGGCAACGGGUGUAGGAAGGUGGUGUGGAUUUCCUGUAGACCCGAGGCCUGCGACCCUCGAUCCUCGGACGGGUUAUUAGCCACCCCAGACCGUAGAUCGUCAGCCCUGCCACCAUUCCAGAGACUUCUCUGGUCAAGAGAGCACCGACGGGGCUGGAGAUAGAGCCCCGCCCCCGACGCCGCUAUUGGUCAUGGUCGAGCAGGCGGCCCCUCAUCUCCGUGAGCCCCGAGGCUUCUCUUGGCCAAGGUCCUAGGAGUGAUCCGAUUGAGAGCGGCGCCCCAAAGCUGCCGGGCUGGCCGGGGUGGGCGGGGAGGCACCUGGACGCUGCACUCUCUGGUGGCUCCGCGUCGCGCCAGGUCCCUCGCAGCCACGCGGGGCGCGCACUCCCACUCCCAACGCGCGCGGCUCCGGAGCGCAAUGGACGCGGCGCUGCUCCUCAGCCUGCUGGAGGCCAACUGCAGCCUGGCACUGGCCGAAGAGCUGCUUUUGGACGGCUGGGGAGAGCCCCCGGACCCCGAAGGUCCCUACUCCUACUGCAACACGACCUUGGACCAGAUCGGGACCUGCUGGCCCCAGAGCGCGCCUGGAGCCCUAGUGGAGAGACCAUGCCCCGAAUACUUCAACGGCAUCAAGUACAACACGACCCGGAAUGCCUACAGAGAAUGCCUGGAGAAUGGGACCUGGGCCUCAAGGGUCAACUACUCACACUGUGAACCCAUUUUGGAUGACAAGAGGAAGUAUGACCUGCAUUACCGAAUCGCCCUCAUCAUCAACUACCUGGGCCACUGUGUUUCCGUGGUGGCCCUGGUGGCUGCUUUCCUGCUUUUCCUAGUGCUGCGGAGUAUCCGCUGCCUGCGGAAUGUGAUCCACUGGAACCUCAUCACCACCUUCAUCCUGAGAAACAUCACGUGGUUCCUGCUGCAACUCAUCGACCACGAAGUGCAUGAGGGCAAUGAGGUCUGGUGCCGCUGCGUCACCACCAUAUUCAACUACUUUGUGGUCACCAACUUCUUCUGGAUGUUUGUGGAAGGCUGCUACCUGCACACGGCCAUCGUCAUGACGUACUCCACGGAGCAUCUGCGCAAGUGGCUCUUCCUCUUCAUUGGAUGGUGCAUACCCUGCCCUAUCAUUGUCGCCUGGGCAGUUGGCAAACUCUACUAUGAGAAUGAGCAGUGCUGGUUUGGCAAGGAACCUGGUGACUUAGUGGACUACAUCUACCAGGGCCCCAUCAUCCUCGUGCUCCUCAUCAAUUUUGUGUUUCUGUUCAACAUCGUCAGGAUCCUGAUGACAAAACUGCGAGCCUCCACCACAUCCGAGACCAUCCAGUACAGGAAGGCAGUGAAGGCCACCCUGGUCCUCCUCCCCCUGUUGGGCAUCACCUACAUGCUCUUCUUUGUCAAUCCUGGAGAGGACGACCUGUCACAGAUUGUGUUCAUCUACUUCAACUCUUUCCUGCAGUCCUUUCAGGGUUUCUUUGUGUCCGUUUUCUACUGCUUCUUCAAUGGAGAGGUGCGCUCCGCCCUGAGAAAGCGGUGGCACCGUUGGCAGGACCACCACGCCCUCCGAGUGCCUGUGGCCCGGGCCAUGUCCAUUCCCACGUCGCCCACCAGGAUCAGCUUCCACAGCAUCAAGCAGACAGCUGCCGUGUGAUCCCCUGUCACCCAUCUGCCCAGCACUCCACCACCGAGGCGGCUUCCUCAUUCUUCACAGCCUUCCCUGGGUCCUCCUUGCUACACUGACCCUUGGGGUGCAGGAGAAGGGGGGUGGAUGAACUCUCCUGCCGGAAGGAAAGGAAAACUAUGAAAUGGAGGCUCUGAAAGACCAGGGCCCAGUGCAGCCACACAUCUCCAAGCAAAAGGGAGCAGAGGGACACCACGGGACCCUCAGAAGGGGGAGAUCUCACACCAUCAAGCCUCUGUGCACCCAGCCUCUUUUGUGGGAUCCUCACUGCAGCACCAUUUACAUCUGAAGAAACUGAGGACUGGAGCAGGCAGGGGCCUGGCCAAGUCACACAGCGAUUGCCCCACUCACAGCACCCACAGCUGGCUCUGCUCCUUGCUUCCCAUCUCCUCACGUGCGGGCGCCCUCUAAAGGUGAGGGAGACAAGCAUGAACUCAUCUGAACUUCAUCCCCCGGACCGUCUAGCAGAGAAGUCUCCCUUUUCAGUACCAGCCCUUCACCAAGCUACCCCUCUUCUUCUUCCCCGGUCCUCUUCCCCAUGUGUCUCCAGGAGAAUGCUGGCUUCCAGUCAGUCUGCCAUCCCUCCUGAGAGACCCCCCCCCAUCGGUCUGGGCUCAGUCUGGGGACCUAGACUGUGGGAAGUGAGAUAGAGGGAUAGCUACACUCUCAUGCCAAUCAUAUACACAGUGCCAGGCAGAAGGAGAACAGAAUUGCCAGAGGGUAACAGAGGGUGAGGAUCCCCCAAAUUAGAGUAUGUCUGGGAGUGACUGAAACAAGGACCCCAGGCUCUCGGAGACAUCAGCCAGGCGUCUGUGGAGCUGACUGCCUUCAAUUCAAGCAACUAGACAUUGGAGAGAUAAUGUGAGUCAAUGAGAAAGGUAGAAUGUCUACAGGACAGAGCUAUGUCCCUCUUCUUAGGACCAGGCCGAAGCAGGCCUUCCUGUGGCCUGUGGUAGGCUUGGAGACUGGAGUCUUCAGAUUCAAAGGGCCCAAAUCACCCUGGUCACCUCGUCAAGGGUGGCAUCGGCUCCAUCUCCAAUGCCGAGUCUGCCUGUGUCAGGGACAAAUAUUCUGAACUGGGACGGAAAGGAGGCAAGGGCCCUCAGGCUUCACAGCAAGAAGAAACAACUUGAUUGCAGGCUCCACUUCCAUUCCCCUGUCCCCGAAGCAGAAGAGGGGGGAGGGAGGAGCUGACGGACUUGAAAAGGCCCCUUGUCUAGGUACCCCACAAAAAUAAACUUUGAAAACUUA